AUUAUAAGCCUGAGACUGAGUGCGACAUUACUCGUAUUACCACCAGCCAAAGCUCAAAGCUCUCAAAACUCAAAGCUGUAUCUCAGAUUCUGUAUCGUCUAUUAAAAUUCAAAGGUUGUUAACUGGAACACAAAAAAAGAAAAGAGAAGAGAGAUGGGAAGUUCGGGGUUAUCGUUCAAACUAGCAGAUCACCCAAAGCUUCCCAAAGAUAAGAUAUUGGCGCUGGUGGUGCUUGAUGGAUGGGGCGAAGCUAAUCCUGAUAAGUACAACUGUAUCCAUGUCGCUGAAACUCCUACCAUGGAUUCCCUUAAGCAGGGUGCCCCAGAAAAGUGGAGGUUAAUUAGGGCUCAUGGUACCGCAGUUGGGCUUCCAUCCGAAGAUGACAUGGGUAACAGUGAGGUUGGCCACAAUGCUUUGGGUGCUGGACGUAUAUAUGCUCAAGGGGCUAAGCUUGUUGACAAAGCUCUUGCCUCAUCUAAACUUUUUGAUGGAGACGGUUUUAAUUACAUCAAGGACUCCUUUGAAACAGGCACGCUGCAUUUCAUUGGCUUGCUCAGUGAUGGAGGUGUUCAUUCUCGCCUUGAUCAGUUGCAGUUGUUACUGACAGGAUCUGCUGAUCGUGGUGCUAAGAAAAUCCGUGUUCAUAUUCUUACUGAUGGCCGUGAUGUUUUGGAUGGUUCAAGUGUGGGCUUUGUAGAAACUCUUGAAAACCAUCUUACACAAUUACGCCAGAAAGGUAUUGAUGCUCAGAUUGCUUCUGGUGGUGGCCGCAUGUAUGUUACCAUGGAUCGUUAUGAGAAUGAUUGGGAGGUUGUGAAGCGAGGAUGGGAUGCUCAAGUGCUCGGUGAAGCUCCAUACAAGUUCAGGAGUGCGGUGGAUGCUGUCAAGAAAUUGAGGGAGGAUACUAAGGCUAACGAUCAGUACUUACCACCUUUUGUUAUUGUGGAUGAUAAUGAAAAGGCUGUUGGUCCAAUAGUUGAUGGCGAUGCUGUUGUCACUUUUAAUUUCCGAGCUGAUCGUAUGACUAUGCUUGCAAAGGCACUUGAAUAUGAAAAUUUUGAUAACUUUGACAGAGUCCGAUAUCCUAAAAUUCGUUAUGCUGGUAUGCUUCAAUAUGAUGGCGAGUUGAAGCUUCCAAAUCAUUACCUUGUUUCUCCUCCAGAAAUCGAGAGAACUUCUGGGGAAUAUUUAGUUCACAAUGGUGUACGGACAUUUGCUUGCAGUGAAACGGUCAAGUUUGGACAUGUUACCUUUUUCUGGAAUGGGAAUCGCUCAGGUUACUUUAACUCUGAAAUGGAGGAGUAUGUUGAAAUUCCUAGUGAUAGUGGCAUUAGUUUCAAUGUCCAACCUUUAAUGAAGGCUCUGGAGAUUGGUGAAAAGGCAAGGGAUGCCAUUCUGAGCCGCAAAUUCCAUCAGGUCCGUGUCAACAUACCCAAUGGUGAUAUGGUCGGCCACACUGGUGAUGUAGAAGCCACAGUUGUUGCUUGCAAGGCUGCCGAUGAAGCUGUGAAGAUGAUCUUCGAUGCAAUUGAGCAAGUUGGUGGAAUAUAUGUUGUUACUGCUGAUCAUGGAAAUGCUGAAGACAUGGUAAAGAGGGACAAGAAAGGGCAGCCUCAACUUGAUAAGAAUGGAAACGUUCAGAUUCUUACAUCUCACACGUUACAACCGGUGCCUAUUGCAAUUGGAGGUCCUGGGCUUGCUCCUGGUGUUAGAUUCCGCAAGGAUGUACCUGAUGGUGGUCUUGCCAAUGUAGCUGCCACAGUGAUCAACCUACAUGGAUAUGAGGCUCCUGGUGAUUACGAACCUACCCUUAUUGAGGUUGCAGACGACUAGGCUACUGGCUUAGGGACUUCAUUCUGGGAUUAAAAGAAAUAUGGAAUUUCUGACUUGCAUCUUGAUUUGCCUUAUUUCUGAUUUCUUUGUAAUAAUAAUUUUCUAUGUGGAGGAAUUAUCCUGACAUACAGUUUUGAUUAUCCUUUUUGUUACAAGUUAGAAACUUACAAUCUAGUUUCUGGUGGUUCAGCUCAAGGAGUAUUGCUUACAAUUUACCCUGGAAAUUUUGUUA